CGGAAUAGGUUUAUGUGACACUUCACUGAAAGCACUCGAUCGAAAUAGACGACAGCCAGUAUUUUCGAUUUAAAGUAUACAUUCAGUUAAGAAUACCAUAUAUUAUAGACAUUUAAUCAUCUUCUAUAUUUUCUUAAGCAAAAUGGUACUAACUUUAUACGGAAUGGAUGCCAGUUCACCUGUCCGAGCAGUCAAAAUGGUCAUUAAUAAACUUAACAUACCGGAUAUCGAAUACAUUCAAAUAAAUCUUCUAAAAGGGGAACAUACUUACGAUAGCUUUUUGGAGAUGAAUCCACAGCAUUCUAUACCAACUAUCAAAGAUGGUGACUUCAUUAUUUGGGACAGUCACGCUAUUACGGCGUACUUAGUAUCUACGUAUGGUGAUGACGACAGUCUGAACCCGACUGAACCAAAACAAAGAGCAGUCAUUGAUCAAAGAUUGCAUUUUGACAGUGGUGUAUUAUUUCCGGCUCUACGCCAAAAUGUUGUGCCCAUACUGUUUGGUGGGCAAAAUUCUUUUGAUCAAAAAUCUCUCGAUCAACUGUCUUCAUCCUACGAACUGGCUGAUAAAUUCCUUACUCAUACCUGGCUGGCUGGUGAUAAUCUAACUUUAGCUGACAUAUGCUGCUAUGCGACUAUAAGUUCCAUGAACGUUUUGCUGCCAGUUGACGUUGAAAUGUAUCCAAAUUUGGCUGACUGGUUGCAACGUUGUUCGGAACAAGAUUUUGCAGUUAACGCGAAUGAAAAGGGCUUGGCCAUUUUCAGAGAUAUUAUAUAUUCAAAACUUGCUUAGUCAACAUAUUUCUGCAAGAAAGUAUCGAUAAAGAUAUAGAAAUCACUGCUUAAAGUCAAUAAUAUUACACACACAAUAAAAUAAUAGAAUGUUUUAUAGAGAUACACAAUGCCCUCUUUAAUUAUUAUUUAGGCACUUGGUUUUAAUAGAAUUGUGUACUGAAGUACUGAAUAAAAUGCAACAAAUAUCAAA